AUGGGGUCUCUGCUAGACAGCAUCUCCAGACCUUCUGCUGUUGUUCUGCAGCUGUCUGUGGUGCUCGGUGUCAUCUUCGUGCUGCUGAAGGUGGUCCAGUUCUACCAGAAGAGGAAGAAACUCAUCAAAGCUCUGGAGGCAUUCCCUGGUCCCCCGAAACACUGGCUUUAUGGCCACAAUCAUCAGAUAACUACCGAAAACAUGUUUUAUCAGUUCAUCUCAUGGGGAGAACAAUACCCCUAUGCCUUUCCCAGAUGGUUUGGGCCAGUCCUGCCUUCUCUAAUAAUCCACCAUCCUGAAUAUGCCAAAAGCAUACUUGGCCGCACGGAUAGCAAGUCCAAGAUACCCUACAAAUUCUUAGUUCCCUGGAUCGGGCAGGGACUGUUGAUCUUGGAUGGAACCAAAUGGUUCCAGCAUCGGAAGCUGCUCACCCCAGCCUUUCAUUAUGACGUGCUGAAAUCUUAUGUGACCCUGAUGUCAGAUUCAGUCAAGGUGAUGCUGGAUAAAUGGGAAAGGAAGAUCACAGACAGGAAGUCAGUGGAGCUCUUUCAGGACGUCAGCUUGAUGACACUAGACAGCAUCAUGAAAUGCGCCUUCAGUUAUAAUAACAACUGUCAGACUCAGAGCAACUCAGACUAUUAUAUCAGAGCUGUUUAUGACCUGAGCCAUCUCGUGAGCAGCAGGUUCCGGACUUUUUCUUACAAGGAUAUCUUCUACAACUUGACUCGCAACGGCCGUGACUUUCACAACGCCUGCAAGCUGGCCCAUACCCACACAGACAAGGUAAUAAAAGAAAGAAAGAUGUUACUCUCCAGUGAGAAGGAACUUGACAAGAUCCAGAAGAAGAGACACCUGGAUUUUCUGGACAUUCUUCUUUGUACCAAGGAUGAGAAUGGAGCUGGACUGUCUGAUGAGGACCUGCGUGCUGAGGUGGACACGUUCAUGUUUGAGGGCCACGACACCACAGCCAGCGGGAUCUCCUGGCUCUUCUACUGCCUGGCAUUACAUCCAGAGUACCAGCAACGGUGCAGGGAGGAGAUCCAGGGGAUCUUGGGAGAGAGAGAUACCAUUGAGUGGGAGGACCUUGGGAAGAUGACUUACACCACGAUGUGCAUCAAAGAGAGCUUGCGCCUGUUCCCACCAGUUCCUUCGGUGUCCCGACAACUCUCUAAACCUGUCACGUUUCCUGAUGGACGCAGCUUGCCAGCAGGCUUCCAGGUUAUACUGAGCAUAUUUGCUAUUCACAGGAACCGGGAUGUGUGGGAGGACCCCGAGAUUUAUGAUCCUCUGAGGUUUUCUCCAGAGAACUCAGCACAGAGGCACUCCCAUGCUUUCCUACCUUUCUCUGCUGGAUCCAGGAACUGCAUCGGGCAGCAGUUUGCCAUGAACGAGAUGAAGGUGGCUCUGGCCCUGACCCUGCUCCGCUUCAAGCUCUUCCCUGACCCGUCCAAGCCUCCCACACUGACUCCACAGGUCAUCCUCAGGUCCAGCAAUGGGAUCCACCUGCAUUUGAAGAAGAUUCGCUGA